AUGGAUGAGGAUGAACAAUCUCGCAAGGACACCUUCCAAGCCCUCGCGGACGCCCUCCGUGUCGGAGACCUCCUCACCAUCCUUCGACUCUGCGACUCAUCCGAGCCUCCCAUCUCUUUCACCACAACGUCCAUCUCUCCCCACUUGCCGAUAGGACGGUCUCCCGCUGAGCCAGUCCAGUGCCGCCCCCUCGGCGUAGCCUCCAUGUUCUCGCACCCCAAAGUUGUCUCCCAAUUGCUCUCCAUUCCUGAAGUUCUCCCCCACAUUGACGACCCUGUCUUCAACCUCUGCAAAUGCCCCUUCCAACCCGUUGACCCUCAUGCCCUAGCUGAUUACGGCGUGUCGGAUGAUACAGGGCACUGGACCGCUUUGCACUUGGCCAUUUGCCAGGGAAAAGACAACGUGCACAACUACGGCCCACGCAUCACACCGCCAGACCGCGAGCCCUCGCUACAAAUCGUGAAGGAUUUGGUAAAGGCAGGCGCGUCCCUCACCGUCUCAGCGGACCCAUCCCAGCAGGCAAAGAUCACGAUCCUCCAUACCGCAGCACUGAAAGGCCGAGACGAUGUCCUCUCUUACGUCCUCUCCCCCGAUUUUCCACGCAAAGAGGAAGUAGACAUCAACGCCCGCGACCACGAAGGCCGCACACCGCUCCACUAUGCCGCCCUCCGCUACUCCUCCUCCUCCUUCCUCGACGACGACAAGGGGGACGACGACGACGAGGAGGACGAUCUCCCCUGUAUCAAACUCCUCUUAUCAGCUGGCGCGAACCUCGAAAUGCGCGCCGACCACUCCCAAACUCCCUUCACCACGGCCCUCAACUUCGGCUGCCUUUCCGCUGCAAAGCACCUCCUCCUCAAGUGGGGAGCCAAACACCAAUCCCGCUUUUUGUGCCUGCACACCAACAGGCUUUGCUACCCCUUGCAAGUGCUCGCGUACUCGUACGAGACUUUCUUCCCCAAUUCCACACCUGCGCCCUUCCCGGGACAGCUGGGACCCGUGACCCGACCCACCUGGGAAGCGCAGCGCGUCGCCUUGUUAGACACCAUCAUGGGCCUUUCACUACCCGAACGUGCCUCUACUCUCAUUGACUGCGGCUGUGUCGAAUCCAUCAACAUCGACGACGAGGGCGAAAUCCAAGUCCUGCACCCGUUAACCAUCGCCGCAGGCGACGGUAGUAAUCCCGCUACUGCUGUCUCCUUCUUUCUCAAUCACGGCGCGGACCCGAACGCCCUCUCAGGGUACACCCACGGGCGAUGGAUCACAGCAAUGCACGAAGCCAUCCUUUCCAUCCCGCGUUGGCCAACGCUAAUGUUACUAAAGUUUCAUCCGGACUACGACGCCGAGUCGGGCCGGAUUUACGCCAUUGGACCAGACGCGAGCGUGGUCGGGGAAGCCGACGUGCCCCCACCGCGAAUCGACACGCCCACGCAACUGCAUCAGUGGACAGCCAUUUUGAAAUGUGUCGUUUUGGCCAUGGCGGGCGCGAGAAUCCGCACUCCAAACUCGGAUGGACGCACGGUGUUGGACCUGGCGAUUCUUCGCUCGGAAUUGCACGAAAGUGUCAAUCAAUUUGACCAUGAUCUGCGCGAGCAAUAUCGAUACUGCACGUACCAAUUCGUUGGUGCAUUGUUGUUCAGUUUGAUACGGCCCUACAAGAAGGAUCCGCCACAACCGCUGCUAGAUGCGGAGGAUAGGAGGUAUUUGGCUGAGAAGCUGAGGGAGGUGAUUGUGAGGAAUCCCGUGUUGGCGUGCGAGAUGGUGGCUGCCGGGGUGGAUCUCGCGGUGCUGAAGGAGCAGAGGCACGAGGUAUGGAAUGAGGCAAUAACGGCGAGAAUGAACGGGACUUUGACUCAGGGGCGUGUUGAUCCAUUUUACGCAAUGGAGUUUGUAGACUUGCUUGUGAACGAGGCGAACGGGGACUUGGAGGUUGCUGUGAUUACAGCCCAUAUGAACUAUAUGUCGUUGUAG